AUGGCUGCUGACGCCUCUCCGCCACUUCCAACAGUUCCUCCUCCUAUUUCUCCAAUUCCGAACGCACCUGACAUAGCUUCCGGCACCGCUCCACUUCUUUCAGCAGUACAUCCCCUUACUCUUCCGAUCUCGAGCACACUUGACAUAGCUUCCGGCACCGCUCCACUUCUUCCAGCAGUACAUCCCUUUGCUGAGAUUAUUGACAAUAGUCAUAAGAAUGGUGAUGCUUUUAUCGCAGGUUCCUCAAAAGGGCAUUCAUUCGAGAAAGGCAUGUCUUGGCAAGAUUGGGAAAAUUCCUACACGGCAUUCAAAGCCUUUUUUGAUGGUGGUGUCACCAUUCUUAGAUCCAUUGAUGAACUUCUUCCGCUUUGCCACAGAUUCGAUGGUUAUGCGACAUUCCAAGGUGCCCUCGUGUAUCCAGAGACGGUUGAAGCCUUGAAAAGGUUUAUGGACAAAUACGGAAGUUUGAUGGAAGCUACAGAUGUCACCUCUUCUUUCUCAAGGUGUACUGCCCUUCGAGCCCUUGGCCUAGUACUUCAUGGGAUGGACACCAUGCAACUCCUUGAUAUUACGGAUCACAAACUGCUCUGUUGGCGAGAUGCAAUAUGUGAGGCCAUGAUUCUGGGCUUUCGCGUGGAAUUUCUUCUUAAACUCGUGAAGAACUUAGCACGUGCCGUCUUUGGAGCACGGGCCAUUCGUAGUUUGCAAUUAUCGCAUGACUCUGAUGAAGUAAAAGCUGCUGCAGAUGCCUUGAAUAUUAAACAACAGGAGUUGGAGAACCAGCGCCGGGAGAUGCAUGCCCUUCUUCUUGCUAAGGGUAUUUCUGUUGACAGCGCUGAGUGCGUGACGGAGGCAGCGGCCAGAUUAUCUCCUGGGGCUUCCUUUGUUCUUUUCGGACAUUCCCCAUAG